GCUUUAGCUGAAGUACAGUGAGCUGCUCGUCCCUCUGGAGAGUGAUUACCUCAUGCAGUCGUUCUCAGAUUAGCAGAAAGAAGGUUUCAUCUCUCAGUCAGCGGAAAAGGGAAGUUUCAAGUGAACAGUGUGAGACUGGUAUGUUGGAUAGAUAGCAGCAGCAGCAGCAGCAGGAGAAGGAGGAGAAGAAGAAGAAGAAGGAGAAGGAGGAGGAGAAGAAGAUGUCUUUCUUUGGUCUGGACUGUGUCAGGAAGAAAGAGACGGAGCUGGAGAGGAAGCUCCGAGCCAACGACAGAGAAUACAACCUGUCCUUUAGAUACGCAACAAACGCCAUCAAGACGUGCAAGUACAACUUCUUCACCUUCCUGCCCCUCAACCUGUUCGAGCAAUUCCAGAGGAUCGCAAACGCCUACUUCCUUUUUCUGCUGGUGCUCCAGGUGAUUCCUGAAAUCUCCUCUCUGUCCUGGUUCACCACGGUCGUGCCUCUGGUCCUCGUGCUGUCGGUGACGGCAGCCAAAGAUGCCACCGAUGACAUCAAUCGUCACCGGAGCGACAAUCAAGUCAACACCAGAAAAGCCCAAGUUCUUAUUGAUAGAAAGCUGCGGAGUGAGAAGUGGAUGGACGUGCAGGUGGGCGACAUCAUCAAGCUGGAAAACAACCAGUUCGUCACCGCCGACCUCCUGUUGCUCUCCAGCAGUGAACCACUCAACCUGGUUUACAUCGAGACAGCAGAGCUCGACGGAGAAACCAACCUGAAGGUGAGGCAGGCUCUGCCCGUCACAGGAGACCUGGGGGACGACAUCGAAAAACUGGCUGACUUCAAUGGCGAGGUGCGAUGUGAAGCCCCCAACAAUCGGCUGGACCGCUUCACGGGGACGCUGUCCUACGCCGAUCAGAAGUACUCGCUGGACAACGAGAAGAUCCUGCUGCGAGGCUGCACCCUGAGGAACACCGAGUGGUGCUUCGGGCUGGUGCUGUUCGGAGGUCCAGAGACGAAGCUGAUGCAGAACUGUGGGAAGAGCACGUUCAAGAGGACCAGCAUCGAUCGACUGAUGAACGUCCUCGUCCUCUGUAUUUUCGGCUUCCUGGCCUUCAUGUGCACCAUCCUGGCGAUAGGAAACUUGUUCUGGGAGAUGAACGAGGGCUCCAAGUUCACGGUCUUCCUGCCGAGGCAGAAGAGCACCGAUGCCGGUUUCUCCGCCUUCCUCACCUUCUGGUCCUACGUCAUCAUCCUCAACACCGUGGUUCCCAUCUCGCUCUACGUCAGUGUGGAGAUCAUUCGGCUCGGGAACAGCUUCUACAUUGACUGGGACAGGAAGAUGUACUACGCUCGCAGCGACACCCCCGCCGAGGCUCGGACCACCACCCUGAACGAGGAGCUGGGUCAAAUCAAGUACAUCUUCAGUGACAAAACGGGGACGCUCACUCAGAAUAUCAUGACUUUCAACAAGUGCUCCAUCAACGGCAAAUCCUACGGAGACGUGUUCGACUACACCGGACAAAGACUAGAAGUUUCUGAGCUUACGGAGACGGUGGACUUCUCCUUCAACCCUCUGGCCGACCCCCGCUUCGUGUUCCACGACCACGCGCUGGUGGAGGCGGUGAAGCUGGAGAACCCGGAGGUUCAUGACUUCUUCAGGCUGCUGAGUCUCUGCCACACCGUCAUGGCUGAGGAGAAGAAGGAAGGCGAGCUGCUCUACCUGGCCCAGUCUCCAGAUGAGGGAGCUCUGGUAACGGCAGCCAGAAACUUUGGAUUCGUGUUCCGCUCACGAACGCCGGACAGCGUAACCAUCGUGGAGAUGGGACGGCAGCGCAGCUACGAGCUCCUGACCAUCCUGGAUUUCAACAACGUCCGCAAGAGGAUGUCCGUCAUAGUUCGGAGUCCGGAGGGGAAACUCUCUCUCUACUGUAAAGGUGCCGACACGAUCAUCUACGAGAGGCUGCAUCAGUCCUGCAGCAAACUGAUGGAAGUCACCACAGAGCAGCUGAACGAGUUUGCAGGGGAGGGUCUGCGGACGCUGGUGCUGGCCUACAAGGAUCUGGAUGAGGAGUAUUUCAACGAGUGGAAACAGCGCCAACAUGAGGCCAGCACGUCCAUGGACGACCGGGAGGGCAAACUGGACCAGCUGUACGAGGAGAUCGAGAAGGAUCUGCUGCUGCUCGGAGCAACAGCGAUAGAAGACAAGUUACAGGACGGAGUCCCUCAGACUAUUGAGCAACUCUCCAAAGCCGACAUCAAAAUAUGGGUUUUGACCGGAGACAAGCAAGAAACGGCUGAAAACAUCGGUUUCUCGUGCAACCUGCUUCGAGAGGAGAUGAACGAGAUCUUCACCGUCUCCGGCAACUCCCCAGAGGACGUCCGAGAGGAGCUGAGAAAUGCCCGAACCUCCAUGAAACCAGAUUCAGUGGAUUCAGUGUUGCUGCCGGGAGCGAGUCUGGUGAAAGGAGUGAUGUUGGAUGAGGAGGUGAAGGGAGAACACGGCCUGGUCAUCAACGGCCACAGUCUGGCGUACGCCCUGGAGCGCAGCAUGCAGCUGGAGUUCCUGCGCACGGCGUGCAUGUGUAAAGCAGUGAUCUGCUGCAGGGUGACUCCUCUGCAGAAGGCUCAGGUGGUGGAGUUGGUCAAAAAGUACAAGCAGGUGGUGACACUGGCCAUCGGAGACGGAGCCAACGACGUGAGCAUGAUCAAAGCCGCUCACAUCGGCGUGGGCAUCUCGGGUCAGGAGGGGAUGCAGGCGGUGCUGUCCAGCGACUUCUCCUUCGCCCAGUUCCGCUUCCUGCAGCGCCUCCUGCUGGUGCACGGCCGCUGGUCCUACCUGCGCAUGUGCAAGUUCCUGCGCUACUUCUUCUAUAAGAACUUCACCUUCACCUUCGUCCACUUCUGGUACGGCUUCUUCUGCGGCUUCUCGGCACAGACGGUGUACGAUGAGUGGUUUAUAACACUUUACAACCUGGUGUACACAGCACUACCUGUGCUGGGGAUGAGUCUGUUUGAUCAGGAUGUGAACGACGUGUGGAGUUUCCAGCACCCUCAGCUCUACGUCCCCGGUCAACUCAACCUCUACUUCAGCAAGAAGGCCUUCUUCAAGUGCGCCCUGCACAGCGUCUACAGCUCCCUGGUGCUCUUCUUCAUCCCCUACGCCGCCAUGCACAACACGGUGAGGGACGAUGGGAAGGACGUCGCCGACUACCAGUCCUUCGCCCUCCUCACCCAGACGUGUCUGCUGUUCGCCGUCAGCAUCCAGCUGGGGCUGGAGAUGUCCUACUGGACGGCGGUGAACACCUUCUUCGUUCUGGGCAGCCUGGUCAUGUACUUUGGCGUCACCUUCACCAUGUACAGUAACGGCAUGUUUCUCAUGUUGCCACCGGCUUUUCCCUUCAUCGGAACAUCCCGUAACUCUCUGAAUCAGCCCAACGUUUGGCUGACGAUCCUCCUCACCUCGACUCUGUGCGUCCUCCCCGUGAUCACCUUCCGCUUCCUGGUGAUUCAGCUCUGCCCCACCAUCAAUGACAAGGUGAUGUACAAGGUGAGACAAACCAAAGCGACCCUUCCACCUCCUCCUCGCCGCACCCGCAUCCGCCGCACCAGCACCCGCCGCUCAGGCUACGCCUUCUCGCACGCGCAGGGCUACGGGGAGCUGGUGACAUCCAGACGCUUCCUGCGGCGUCCGGCUGUCUCGGGAUCUUCGGGUUUAGCAAACACGGGUCGCACCACCAUGGGCUUCAGUCCGAUGGGACGGUCGGCCGGAUACAGCCCGACGGGACGUCCCCAGAAUGUCAAGGUCCAGGAUGUGGAGGUGACGUCUCUCCAGAUGUACAAAACGAUCAGAGACCCCGCCCUCUGACAGACAGGGGAGAACAUCUGGGAGCAGGAACUGGACCAUGUGAAUGUCAGAAGUGUUUAAUCUCACUUUUCUACUUUGGUUACCAUGAAGAACUCGCUCAGACUUUUCCAGAGAAGUUCAUGUUGAGGAUUUUCCAAAGUCCAUCUCAUCUACACCGACACGGCUUGAGAAGCUUCUGCUCUGAACAUUUUUAUUUUGUAAAAUAACAAGCUGGCUUUUAUUUUGUGUAAAGGAACUGCAGGAACAUGUGUAGCCUCCUCUGAUGGAUCACGCAUGUUCAUGUCAAACACGUCUCCUGCAGGUGAGAGACAGAUGUGAAAUGACACUAGACACAUGUGUACAGAUGUUUACAGACUCCUCAGCCUUUGCUAACCAGGAGAGUCCAGAUCCACAGCCGGGCUUCAGAAACAGGGAAUAACCAGCAGAGCCAUGUGGAAGGGGACACGUUCAUCUUUAUACCUUAAGUGUCUUUUCUUAAAGCUCUGGAAGCCGAAUGAGCAGUCAGCACUUUGCCAGAUAAUAACCAAAUGUCCAAAAGGUUAUAAAGGUUGUUUUUCUCCGUGGCAGCAGGUUUCAGCUCCAGCGUAUCGGGACCAUCUGGCUUGUGAAGGACAGUUUUUAGGACUUUUAUUCAAACCGUGUUUUUUGUUUCACUUCUUCUCAGAGCUGGAAGAAUUUUAUGAAACGUAAAGAAGGAAUUUGUGAAGAUGAAACAUACCUGCAUGGCAGAAGAGUUUGAAUUACUAUAAUUUAAAAACAUGGGGUUUUUAAAUUAUAAUUAUGUAGCAUCAGUGCCACCGUGUAAUGAUACAUACUUAAGAUUUUAAGCAUUUAUUCAAGCGAAAAAAAGCCAGUAUUACUGCAACAGACAAGGGAAUUUAGCUUGAAAAUCUUCAGCUUGAAGUGGUUAUGGUGGAGCCUAAAAAAAACUAAAUUAUAAGGGACUAUUAUGCCACUUAAACCGAAAAAAACUGAAAUCACAAUUUUAUGAAAUUAAAAUAAUAAUUUUAGGCACAGUUCAAUUCAAAAUUCUCUAAUGGAGGAGGAAAUGUGUGGUAGCUGUUGACCGUGAGGUUGUCGUCAGUUACACCUGGGUGAUAUUCAAAGAGGUGAAACUCCAGCGAGUACAGGUUCUUCUUGCUUUUUAUCAUGUUUUCUUUAUUAUCUUAAUAUUAUAGCUUUUUUAAAUAAUUAAAUUAUGACUUUUGUUGUAAUAUUACAACUUCUUCAUCAAUAUGGCCUUAAUACUCCAUUGUAUGCCAAGUUAAUCAGCUCUUAAUAUAAAUCUAUUUUAUAGAGAUUCUCCGUCGCCAAGUGAAAAACAUUUCUGCUCAAUAAUUCAAACCCCUGCAGACAGAUGUUUUUAAGAGGGACUAUUACACCCCCACAGCCUCUAAAUUAGAUUUCUGAUCCAUGUAUUUAUAUUUAAACACUUUAUAGAGCCAGUAUUUAUCCCAUAAACUACCCGUAAAGACUGUAUUUGAUUAAAGUAUCUUCUGCAGUGCAGUUUGUAAAAGAAGUCUCAAGGACCAAUUACUGUCGUUCAGAACCUGCACCAGAGUGUUCCUCCAAUGCACCUUGAGUUUCUGCCUCAGCAGCUUUUAGUCUCUAGGUUUGAUUUUGCCUGCAAAUGUUUGAAACUAGAAAAGAACAAUUCACAUUUUGAAAUAAACAGCAGAGAGGUGAACUGGCUGUGUAGUCACUCAUCUGCAGUGCAGACUUCAGAAUGUAAUGCAAAACAAAAAAAACAUAGAAGCUGCCUUAAAUUUAAAAGUAAAGGUAUUAUUUUCCUUACUUGGAAACAAUAAUGACAAGAAUGUCAAGAAUGUAUAACAGAAAAUAAGUAAAUGAAAAAUCCUUGUAUGUCACAGUCAAGGUUAAGUGAUGAUUGUAUGUUAGGAAACAUUAUUGUAAACGGUCAGUGUUUUUAUCUCAGCAGCUGGACAUGUGAGUCUUUAAUUUAUUACGUGAUGUGUUGAGGUUUCUGUAAGAGUCCAAAUGGAAUUGGUUCAAUCAUUGAAGAAUAUUUGAUAUUUGCCCACAUGUUUUUAUUUUCCUGUGGGCCUCAUUGUUUCCGUAUAUAUUCAACUUCUGGUUUUAUUCACUCACAGUUCAGAGGAAAUCAUUGCAGCAGCCUGUUGGAGCAGGUUCAGUGUUUUUAUCUGAAUAUCUGUCAGUUCUGAUCCAGAAUUUAAUGUCAUCACCCAAACCCUGGAUAUUCUGUUUAAUAAUUUGUGUGUCACUGUUAGCUCUCAACUGUUAAAGAAUCGGAUGCUGGAGUUCAGUGCAUGUGAAGCUGGUUCACACCAAAGACAGCUCCUUUCAUUUUGUAAUGUAAAGUGUUCUUCAUGGGAAAUAUUUCAGAGUUUAAAUAUGCAUAGGAAAUUCAUGUUGUAGCAUCUUUUGUAAAAACUGUUGCUAGUUUUUGCAACCAGCAGACAAAUAUGCAAAUGAGUGUGUCAGUCAUGAGUUUGGUUUUUCUGUUGAUUAGUAAAAUAUUUCCAAACUAUAAUGUCACCCAGACGAGCUCAUACCUCCACUGAGCCUCAACAGUCAAAUCAAGUUGCACCAAAUUACACAUACUCAUUGAUAUCAGUCCUCUGAACAUGUCUGAUUGUUUUCAUCAUGAUUUAUGAAUUAUUCCCAGGGAAAUCAGUGACAAUGUCCAAAUCACCUCUAACCCCGCCUGCCUCUAAAUUUCAAUAAGUUCUUUCUUGGCUCAUCCUGCCACCGAGUCAUGUGGAGCCUGUUCAGUAUUUUUAAACACAAUUGUAAAAACAUAAUGAGCAAGAUGACAAUGAUCUCAUGUGUCAGAGUUGCUGAAAUAAGCCCCCCCCCAGCAUCACUGUGGUACUUUCCAAAAUAAAUCAUAAAAUAACUAUGAUAUUCAAUGAUAUUCAAUAUAUAACAAUAAUUUUUGUUGUAUUAUUUUUGUCCUGAAGACUGAAACUGUAACAGUUUAAGAAAUGAGAUUUUUCAACUUCUCUACCUAAUAAUCAUUUUGUAUAAUUUUGUACUUUAAAAGUUGUUAUCGCAAUAAAGAGAAACAACACAUG